AGUUGUUCUGUUUUCCAAUUCUUAGUCUUUAUCAUUCUCAUACACCUAAAGUUAUACCCCGCCCUCUCUCCAUCUCAGCUGACAAACCAGUUUUCUUAACGAGGUCAUCUUACAUCUCAACCCACGAUAACACACCUCAAGUAAUACAUCUACGUCGUACGGAGAUAACCCAACCGUCUAGUUCUUCUUCCCGUCCAUGAAUACUUUCUUUUUUCUCUCAAGACGUUCUGUAUCUUUAACCCGCCAAAAUGUCGAACGAAAUCACAGUCUACAUCACAUCCUACACAUCAACUUAUCAGUUGAUGAAGCAGAUCCAGAAAGUGAUGAUGGUGCUGGACAGUCGUCGAAAGAUGCUCGACUACGACAUCAAGUACGUGGACCUCGCGAUGUACCCUUCGAGUCGAGAGAAGAUGAGAGAAAUAUCCGGCGAUCCCAAGGCCUUACCACCCUGCAUCGCUAACGGCGACGAAUACUGCGGGAGCUAUGACGAUUUCGAAGAAGCCGUGGAAUUGGAAUACCUCAAAAAGUUCCUGAAGCUUCCAGGAUGGGAUGAGGAUGAAAAGAAGAAGGAAGAAGAAGAAAGGGAGAAGGAAAAGCAGGAUGAAGAAAAAGAUGAGGAGGAGGAAGGAGAAAAAGCCGAAGGCGCUGAAGAUGAGAAAGAGAAGAAAGAAGGGGAAGAAAAAGAAGAAGAAGAGGAAUCAACGAAGGGGGAAGACGAAGAGGAUAAGGAUGAAGAGGAGGAAAAGACUGACAAGGACAAAGAAGGAGAUAAGAAAGAAGAGAAAGACGAUAAGGGGAAAUCUAAAUUAAAAGCUAAAGUCGAUUCAGAUAAAAAAGACAAAGUGCCAGAUAAGAAGAAGGACAAGCAAAAGGACGAAGCGUCAAAGAAAGAAGAGGAAAAAGAAAAGAAGGGAGGGAAAGAUAAGAAGGAUGAAAAGAAAGAUGAGAAAAAAGAUGAAGUGAAACUUAUCAAGAAGCCGAAGCUAAAAGCAAAGGUAGACGUUGACAAAAAGGACGACAAAAAGGAAGAUAAGACAAAGGAAGAGAAAGAUAAGAAGGGAAAAGAUGAGGAAAAGAAGGACGACAAGAAGAAAGAUGAUAAGAAGAAAGACGAUAAGAAGAAAGACGAUAAGGAGGAAGAAAAGAAAGACAAAAAAGAAGAAAAGGUAAUAAAGAAACCCAAAUUAAAAUUAAAAGUUGAUACCGACAAAGAAAAAGAAGCUGAAAAGGAAACGAAAGAUAAAAAGGAAGAGUCAAAAGAGAAGGACGAAAAGGAUGAUAAAUUGAAGGACCAAAAAGAAGAGUCAAAGGAUAGUAAAAAGGACAAAAAAGAUAAGAAGGACGAAAAGAAAGGUGACAAAGAUGAAAAAGAAGACAAAUCAAAGGAAGAAAAGAAAGAAGAUGAAGGUAAGGAAGAGAAGGUGCUUAAGAGGCCAAAGUUGAAAACGAAAAUUGAUGUUGACAAGGAAGAAACUAAGGACGAAAAAGAGAAGGAUGAAAAGAAGAAGAAAGAUGAAAAGAAAGAAGAAAAGAAAGAAGAAACCGUCGUAAAGCGACCAAAACCUAAAGCAAAAAUCGAUGUCGAUGAAAAGGAUGAUGCCUCAAAAGAUGAUGAGAAGAAGAAAGAAAAAGACAAGAAAGAAGAAGGAAAGAAAGAGGAAAAGGAGAAGGAGGAAGCAAAGGAAGAAAAGGCUAAGGUAAUAAAAAGACCAAAACUGAAUGCAAAAGUUGAUGUAGAUGAUGAAACAGAAAAGAAAGAUGAAAAGUCAAAAAAUAAGGAUGAAGAAAAAAAAAACAAGAAAGAAGAAAAACCAAAAGAAGAUGAGAAAAAGGAAACAACUGUCCGAAGGCCACGAUUAAAACCGAAGGUCGAUGAUGAAAAAUCGGAAGAAAAGGAGGAGAAGAAAGAGAAGGAGAAGGAGAAGGAGAAGGAAGAAACGGUAGUGAAAAGACCAAGGCCUAAAGCUAAAGUAGAUGUUGAUACAGAAGAUAAAAAGAAAGAAGAGAAGAAGGAAGAAAAGAAGGAGGGCGAAAAAAAAGAAGACGAAAAGAAGGAAGAAACAGUAGUGAAAAGACCAAGGAUUAAAGCUAAAAUAGAUGUUGAUACAGAAGAUAAAAAGGAAGAAGAGAAGAAAGAGGAAGAAAAGAAAGAGGAAACUGUAGUGAAAAGACCCAGACCUAAAGCCAAGGUCGACGUCGAAACCGACGACGACAAGAAAGAAGAGGAGAAGAAAGAGGAGACCGUCGUUCGUAGACCUCGACCCAAAGCCAAGGUGGACGUCGAAGAUGAAGAAAAGAAGGAGGAGAAAAAGGAGGAGGAGGAGGAAAAGAAGGAAGCGAAAGUUAUUCGAAGACCCAGAAUAAAAGCCAAAGUUGAUGUUGAUUAGUUUAAAUAAUAUACUUUCAAAAAAUGCACAAUACUGAACCAAAUUUCAUUUGAAGCAGUUAAUAAACAUUGCAAUCCCCUUCAUAUGCUAUACCCAAAAUUGAAAUGGAAAUUACUGUUCCGAGGUGUAUCCAGAAUCUCAAGAGUGGGGGGGGGGGGGGGGGGGCUGCUCUAAACAAAAUUGAUUGAGUUAUAUAUGAAUAUACCAGAUACAAAUCGGAGGGUGCAAGGGGGGCACCUCUUGCACCCCGUGCCUUAGAUCCACCAUCACAUGCAGUAUAAACGCCAGUGUGCCUUUUUCUAAUUUCUCUCCUUUUUGUGUACAUAAUUAUUGUUUGUGUUUGGAAAUACUGAUCAUGACGCUUGCGAAAUGUAAGGUAUCUAGUGUAAAAAAUAUGCUUCCUUGUGGCAGAUACUGUUUAAAGUUUUAUCUGCCCAGAUCAUCUUUCGUAAAAUCCUCUUGGAAAAAAAUAUCGAAAUAUCGAAAUUUAUCCUUAAAAUUAUUUUGUGAGAAUAAUUAGCAGCAUAUAGUACUUGCAUGUUGGUCACAUCCAUUUAUAUCGUUUUUAUCUAUUAGUGAGUAAUGUUGCCUGAACUGAUAAUAUUCUUUUGCAAGUAUUCACUUUCACGCACCACCCCAGUUUACUGGCCAUAAUUUCAAUUUCUCUCAAUUUAUCUUUCUAUAUUUUAUUUUAAGCUGUUCAGAUUAAAACGAUCGCAAUGACGAAAAAUAUACCUCAUGCAAUUCACUGUAUACUAGUGAAAUAUUUAUUUAUUUAUUCGUCGUUUAAUAUAAAUCGUGAUUGGCAGCCAUCGGCCGAAUUGUUCACAAUUUACAGACACAAUAAAAAAAUACAUGGAAUGUAAUAUUGCAAAUGGUAACUUUAUAGAAAGAAAUGUGCGAAAAUGACAAUGACAUUAUCGUGAAUCUGCACACGACUUUAUAUCUAAACAGCCCAAUAGGGUAUAUUGAAAAUGCCUUUCAGAUGAUAUCUCGAAAGUUUUUAUGGUCGUGUUGAAAGCACACUCAUCAUGCUCUUGUUAUUAUCAACCUUAUCUUACUGUAUAGAAAGCUUCUUUUUUCGGGUAAAACUAUUUUUUUUAAAAACUUCUUCUGAAAUAAUCAUUUUUAUGUUAACAUUUUGAGGUGACUUGGGAACUCCAAAUGUUCGUAAGUUUUUAAGUUAAUCUGAUACGUAAAGCAGAUUUGAAGUUGUUCUCUACUCUAAUCAAAAUUAUCUUUACAUAAUUUAGGAUGCUUGUGCUAUUUUGUCGUAGAUUAAAAUGGAACGGUAGAUGUUUCUAUUCUAUGCACUGUCCUACAUCAAAGGAGUCAUUUCUAAUUAUUGCACAAAGUUUCCCCUUUCACGCAAUUAAAAAUAAAUAAAUGACGGCUUUACUGAUUUUCGUUUUCUUAGCUUAAAAUCAUUAUUAGUUUGCAAUGUUGUUCUUAAUGUUUUUGUAAAUAAUACCGAAGAAAACGUACGCCUUCAGUUACCUAAAGGAGUCAUAAUUAUUAUUUUGUAUAAAUAUCCCUGCUUAUAUAAUUUUUCGACUGCACGAACGGUUUUGUAUAUCAUUGAGUUGUCUGCGUAUAUCUAAUAAAUUUACGUAAUCAGAAA